AUGGACGUCACUCAGGGCAGCAGCGAUAGUUUUGCCCAUGGCAGCAACAGCCGCUGGCAGCUAUACUGGCCGUAUCUCUCGGCCCUGCCUGUGCUGCUUUUCGCCAGCCACGUCUUUUGGAACUGCCAGAAGCUAAGCGGUUUCGGUGGCUCCCCCUGGGCCGCCCUGUCCAGCAUACCGCACCGUCUCGCCAUGCUCAAUGGCAAAACGCACUUGUUCUACGCACAAGCAAACCAGAAAUAUGGACCGAUUGCGCGCGUCGCCCCAAACAUCCUCAUAACCUCGUCGCCGGAUGUCUGGGCGCAUGCCAAUAACACUGCCGGAUGGCGCCUGGAUAUUCAGGUCACGAAAUAUACCUCCAAUAAUCAGAUGGCGAUUCCGAUUGAUAUGGCGCGCAAGGUGCAGUUUUUUACACUUGACGUUAUCAGCAAAAUUGGACUCGGUACAGCUUUCGGCAUGCUACAGGCCGACAAAGACAUUGACAACUAUCUCCAAUCGAGCGAAGAAGGCCUGUCCAUUGGUAACACGGCGCUGGCGCUCGGCCUCAGCUGGCUCAGCCACCUGCCCUGGUUGGGCCAGUUUAUCGCGCCGUCGCCCGACGACGGUAGCGGGUUCGGGAAAAUGAUGGCGACAUGCUUCCGCCUCGUUGACGAGCGCGCCGCCAAGUCGGCAGCCGAGCGCUCCGACAUGCUCGCCUCGUUUAUUCGCCACGGGCUGGCCGGCCACGAGCUCCGUACCGAGGCCCUUGAGCAAAUCAUUGCCGGCUCCGACACCACCGCCACCGCGAUCCGCGGAACGCUGCUCUACGUCAUGACAAAUCCUCGCUCCGUUAUUCGUGAGGCGAUACGCCUCAGCCCGCCCGUUGCCAACAUUUUUUCGCGCGAUGUUCCUCCAACGGGCGAUACCGUGAGCGUGGAUGGGCGAGACGUCUUCAUACCUGGCGGCACAUGUAUUGGCUAUUCCGCGUACGCAAUGCAUUCGAGCGAGAGUAUAUACGGUCCGGAUGCUGGCGUCUUUCGUCCUGAGAGGUGGCUUGAGACGGAUAAAGAGAAGCUCCAUUCCAUGAUCUUUGCUAAUGAGCUCGUAUUUGGCUACGGUAAAUUCCGCUGCUUAGGACAAAAAGUCGCGCAGAUGGAGCUUAGCAAGUUUGUGUUCGAGACAUUCCGUCAUUUUGACAUGGCACUUAUUGACCCCCUCCACCCAUGGACGAGUCACAACUGUCUUGUGUUGUAG